AUGUCUGUUUCCAACGAGGUCAGCAAAAACGUCAUUCUUUUGUCCCAAACCAAUCAGCUUCGAGGUUUGUACUCCAUCAUCAGAGACCAGCUGACCAAACGUGGUGAUUUUGUGUUCUACUCCGACAGAAUCAUUCGUCUCUUGGUUGAGGAAGGUCUCAACCAGUUGCCUGUGGAAGAAGCCGUCAUUGAGUGCCACGGCGGCCACAAAUACAAUGGCUCCAAGUUUUUGGGUAAGAUCUGUGGUGUUUCCAUUGUCCGUGCUGGUGAGUCCAUGGAGAUGGGCUUGAGAGACUGUUGUCGUUCUGUGAGAAUCGGCAAGAUCUUGAUCCAGAGAGACGAGGAGACCGCCUUGCCCAAGUUGUUCUAUGAAAAGCUUCCUGAGGAUAUCAGCGACAGAUACGUGUUUCUCUUGGACCCCAUGUUGGCCACUGGUGGAAGCGCCAUGAUGGCAGUAGAGGUUUUGUUGUCUAGAGGAGUGAAGAUGGACCGCAUCCUCUUUUUGAACUUGUUGGCUGCGCCAGAGGGUAUCAAGGCCUUCCACGACAAUACAUAG